AUGGAUUUCGUGUUCAAGCUUCCCCGAACACAGAAUAAGCAUGAUGGAGUUUGGGUAAUCGUGGAUCGACUCACUAAAUCUGCUCAUUUUCUACCAGUGAGAGCAAACUACACCUUAAAUAAGUUGGCCAAGAUCUUCAUAGAUGAGAUAGUGAGACUUCAUGGGGUGCCAGUAUCUAUUAUUUCAGAUAGAGAUCCACAGUUUACCUCCCAUUUUUGGGCGAGGUUAAAUGAGGCUUUUGGAACUCAAUUGCGGUUUAGUACUGCAUUUCACCCCCAAACAGAUGGUCAAUCUAAGAGGAUUAUCCAGACUUUAGAAGACAUGCUGAGAGCUUGCGCACUGCAGUUCCGGGGUGACUGGGAUGAGAAGUUGCCACUUAUGGAAUUUGCCUAUAAUAACAGUUACCAGGCGAGUAUUAAGAUGUCCCCAUAUGAUGCCUUGUAUGGGAAACAGUGUAGAACUCCAUUCUAUUGGGAUGAAAUGGGUGAGAACAGAUUGGAGGUGUUCGAUGAUGUUGAACGGACAAAGGAACAGGUGAAAAUAAUUAGAGAACGACUCAAGGCAGCCCAAGACCGACAAAAGAGUUAUGCGGACAAUAGAAGGAAAGACCUUCAGUUUGAGGUUGGUGAUUGGGUAUUUCUAAAGUUAUCACCUUGGAAGGGCAUAAUGAGAUUUGGAAGGCGGGGAAAACUAAGUCCUCGCUAUAUUGGGCCUUAUAAGAUCGUGGAGCGUGUCGGCCCAGUAGCUUACAGGCUUGCUUUCCCUUCAGAUCUUUCUCGGUUACACGAUGUGUUUCAUGUUUCAAUGCUCCGAAAGUAUAUGUCUGAUCCUUCUCAUGUUUUGGAGGAACAACCAAUAGAGUUGCAAGAAGAUUUGACUUAUGUGGAGCAACCAGUUCAGAUUUUGGAUUGGAAGACGCAAGUGUUACGAUCGAGAGAGAUCCCUCUUGUGAAGGUCUUGUGGAGAAGUCAUACUGUGGAAGAGGCUACAUGGGAACCCGAGGACCAAAUGCAGGAACAGUACCCUUACCUCUUCAAGUGA